UUGCAUAGUUUGUUCAUGGAGCCUCUCUCUUAUCAUCCGCCACCACGGAAGACACCACGAGGGAACCCGCCACCACCGCCAUCAGUGAACCCGUCACCUGCGAACCAGCCACCAUCGCCAUCACCGAACCCGCUACCACCGCCAUCAGUGAACCCGCCACCUGCGAACCAGCCACCACCGGCAUCAGCGAACCCGCCACCAGCGAACCAGCCACCACCGCCAGCAACCAACCAGCCACCUGCGAACCAGCCAGCACAGAACCUGCCACCAAGGUACCCGGCACCAAGGACUCCUCGGAACACGAACGACAAGGCGGAGUCAACAACACCACAAGGGAAAUCAGAAGCAAAAAGGAACACUGAAACACAAGUCUGUUCCAUUGUAGCAUAUCAUGGAAUUACUAAAGAUUUCACUGCAGACCAGAGAAAAGCCAUAGAAGAGGUCGACCUAGAUGGCCUACUGAGGAUCCUUCCUAUCAAAAUUCAUCGGAACAUGUGCAGAUCAAUAGUGGAGCUAUACGACCCCACCUGUGACGCCUUCAUCAUUGAUGGGGAACCACUGUCGAUAACCACACGGGAUGUGGAGCACAUAUUUGGUAUACCUACAAGGGAGAUAGGGGUUGAACCCGAAGGAAUAGAAGUGAACCGGGCAUACAGUGUCUCCCGAGAAUAUGGAGAGCGGAGCAUACAAAUUGCAUACCUACGGGAUAUGUUAAAAUCACAUAUAAAGACAAACACACAUGGAAUAGAGUUCCUCCAAACCUUCAUUUUAUAUUCAAUUGGGAUCAUACUGUGCCCAACAACUCAAAGAUAUGUUAGGUCAACUUAUGUGCCGCUUGUGCAGACAAAGGAAAGUAUCAAGGCCAUAAACUUUGCAAAGCUCACGCGUGAUCAUCUAAUGAAGUGUAUUAUCAAGUAUAAUGAAGCGAGAAAAAAUCCUGAAAGAACAGCACUCCAGGGUACAGUCAACCUUGAGGGGAACCUUCCCUUGCUGCAGUUUUGGUUCUGGGAGAAGCGUCGUCUAGAUAGAUUAGACAGAACAAUUGAUUACAGCAAACGAGAUAGACCACUCGUCCAAUACUGGGACGAGCAGAAGGUGCGCAAAGUCUGUGCUAUUUUUGAUAAGCACCGCCUUGAGGCCGGAGAGACCGUACAUGACCUAAAGGAGCCAUGGGAGGUACCAAGGUCGCCGACACCUGAGUUGUUUGAUGAAUUGCCACCGACAGAUUCAAAGAUGGUGAUGAAGCUUCAUGAUCUUGUUUGCCGAGUGAGAACAGACUUGAUGGAGCAGCACCUUCAGACCCGCGUACAAAUGUUGCGCAAAUUCAGGCACCUAGAGCAGGAAAAUGCAAAUUUGAGGAACUGGCUAUACACCAACCUGAACGGCAAUGACUAUUGGAGCCGACCAGAAUACGAGUACAAUGACAGCGACAGAUUUGUUGCGUCGCCCCUUCAUGGACGUGACUUGUCCUCAGACUUUGAUGGUGCUCAGGAUGACAUCAAUAGUGAGCAAAACUUCCAGGGUGCUCAGGAUGACAUCACUAGUGACAAAAACUUGCAAGGUGCUCAGGAUGACAUCAGUACUAUGCAAAAAGAGUUUGAGAGAGACGAUGCACGAAAAUCAGACGUAACAGGAGGGUCUACGAUGAGAGGACGGAAGAAGAGAGACAGGAAAUCCACAUUUGCAAAUAAUGAGGAUUUUAUUUAUUUUGAUGAACCCAAAAAAACUAAAAGAGUCAAGAAAACUCCGAAAGACAUGAGUACUCCCAGAACGGGAACGGGUUAUGCUCCAGAUGAGAAGAUUGUUGACGAGGUCAUUGACUAUGUCAAUACAUCCCCCUCUUCGAAAGUGUUGGUACAAAUUGAUGAAAUACAUCUAUAUCGCGCUGAUCUUAGAUGCUUGACAGCACCAACCUUUCAAAGUACUAAGGACGGAUGGCUGCAAUGCAAGAUCUUGGAUGCAGCCAUAACAUGGGUACGCCACAUGCGCCCCAAUCCAGAUGUACGGGCCGACGGGAAUAUCUUUCUAGAGAGAGCAUCAGUAAGCAAUGUGCUAGUCAGAGACGGAAGCGUUCCAAGUUAUACCCAUGCUUUACGGAACAAAACGUCUACUAGUACUUAUGGCAAAAACUACAUUUCCCAUGAUAUGGUUUCUCUUCCUGUGAAUAUGAUGAAUAAGCAUUGGUACGUGGCGGUUGUCAAUGCCAAAAAAAGAGCAGUGCAAGUUCUGGAUUCGAUGGCAUCACCAAUAAAACAGUUUAAGAAAGGCCACCCGGAACUAGAAAAUAUGCUCAAAGGCAUGCAACUCCAUAUGGAAGUAGCAUAUCGGCAUGGUGGCCGAAAAGUCGAUACUUGGAAGGAUUUCAACAUCAACACUUGGAAACUUCAAGUUAUCAAAAACAUACCACAACAGAAAGACAGCAUGUCAUGUGGGCUUUUUGCGGUAAAGAAUAUGGAAAAUUUUACAGGCAACAAUCUAGAUCGAGCCUACACAGCGGAUGACAUCCCCGGGUUCAGGAAACAACUCACUGCCCUCCUAGUGGAGUCUCCAUUGAACAUGAAAGGACGGCGAAAUGGCGAGGACUAAGAUAGUGAAAGUCGUGAAGGAAGGACGAAGAGAGUUGAAUGCUGCUACAAUUUGCUACUUUCUCUAGAAUAAAAUUUGGAUUAUGAUUUGUUUAAACUUUAUGCUCGUAUUUUUGAAGUUCUGAUUGAACUUUAGAAAGUUUUACAAUUUAGAAUUUGCCACUUUGAACCAUCAACUUGUAGGAUUGCAGCUUACUUUGGGAGAUGAACUUAACUUGUCUCUGAACUAUUGCAUUUCUAGGCUUCCUGUAAUGCUCUAUCAUGUAUUUUAAAAGCAUGCCUUGGGGCAAGCUUCUAUAUCACCACCCUUCUCCACACAAGCGUGUUCAAGUCAGAAGCUAGUGUUGGUGUUGCUGUAAUUCCUAUGGUCAAUCAGGUAAUUAGUGCAAGAUGCUCGUCAUAUGUGUGGAUGGAACCGAGAGUGCAUAUGCACAUUAGAUGUUGUGAAUAAAAGGUUGUGUGCUUGGUCAGUAAUUUUAAUAUGUGAGGCCUCCAUUGGUUAUGUAUAAUAUAAUGUUCUCUUGCCAUGUAUGUGUUAGUGUUGGUUAACAAAAUGAUAAAGUGAAAUCCUUCAAUAUCAAACGAAUUCUUUUUACAGAGUUUUUUAGUUCUAUUGGAUUUCCGGUAAGAGAUUGUAUACCGGUCUACCAUUGUCUCUCUUCAUGAAUUACGGGUUCUGUAUGUCAAACAAUGCUCUCAGUUUAAUGCAAAAUAUAUUGUUUGUGUCUCCAAAACCUUCAUAUGACAAAAAGUUCCAUCAAAUGUAGACAUCAUUACAAAGUGGUAAUAGAUACUGCAACGAUGAAUUUA